GCGACUGCAUGUUUGACAUUUCAAUGCACCAAUCACUCGCUGAGGAGCAGAUGCCUACUUCCCUACACUGGAAAGAGCGAGGGGGUAAAUAGACUGGCGGGGCAUACACUGAUCCAUCACACUAAAAACCUGCAAAGAUCGCCCGUGAGACUGCUGCAACUACGCUAUAGGCCAUUGAUAUCGCGUUCAUUUCUGGUCAAUUGGUAAGGGGGACAAAGUGUCCAUAAUACAAGGAAAUGGCAGGUAUUUUGGCAUGGUUUUGGAACGAGAGAUUUUGGCUCCCUCACAAUGUAACCUGGGCUGACCUAAAAAACACAGAUGAGGCAGCCUUCCCGCAAGCUGAGGAUUUGUAUCUGGCUUGUCCUUUAGCCUUCUGCAUCUUUAUGAUUCGACUGGUUUUCGAAAGGUUUAUUGCCAGACCGUGUGCCUUGGGUCUCAAGAUACAAGCCAAUGGACCACAGAAAGCCCAGCCCAAUGCCAUUUUGGAGAAGGUGUUCACUGCUAUCACCAAGCAUCCAGAUGAGAAGAGGUUGGAGGGCCUGUCCAAACAGCUGGACUGGGAUGUACGGACCAUCCAGCGCUGGUUCCGACAGCGCAGGAACCAGGAGAAACCCAGCACGUUGGCUCGCUUUUGUGAGAGCAUGUGGAGAUUUACAUUUUACCUCUAUAUAUUUACCUACGGAGUGCGUUUCCUUAAAAAGACACCAUGGUUAUGGAACACAAGAGAGUGCUGGUACGACUAUCCUUAUCAGCCACUGACGGUGGACAUCCACUAUUACUAUAUACUGGAGUUGUCGUUCUACCUGUCCCUACUCUUCUCCCAGUUCACAGAUAUCAGAAGGAAGGACUUCCUGAUAAUGUUCCUGCACCACCUGGCGACAAUCUCCCUCAUCACCUUCGCCUACGUCAACAACAUGGCUAGAGUGGGCACGCUGGUCAUGUGUCUCCACGACUCCGCCGACGUCCUGGUGGAGGCUGCCAAAAUGGCCAACUAUGCCAAGUUUCAGAGACUUUGCAACCUCCUGUUUGUCAUGUUUGCAAUGGUCUUCAUCAGCUCCAGGCUGGGUGUCUAUCCUGUCUGGAUUUUAAACACUACCUUGUUUGAGAGCUGGGAGAUCGUGGGGCCGUACCCCUCCUGGUGGGUGUUCAACCUACUGCUGAUCCUGCUGCAGUUCCUGCACUCCUUCUGGUCCUACCUCAUAGUGAAGAUAGCCUGUCGAGCCAUUUCCAGAGGAAAGGCAGGGAAGUGGAAUCCUUUACAUGUGUCGAAAGACGACCGCAGUGACAUUGAGUCCAGCUCGGACGAGGACAACGGUCCUCCUCCCAUUCCUGUUCAGAAGCACCACAACAGCACCACCAACGGGACCAAUAAAGUCCACGGGACCAAUGGGUACCUGUCAGCAGGGGCCCCAUGUCUAGAUGAACACUGACCACUGCUAUGAGACAUUUUAUAAGCACUGGAGCAAAGCUGCAGACACCAUUCAUAGAUACAUGUGUGCGACAUGAACAACAUUGCCUGUCUGGUACUGGAAGUUCUUAGUUUUCAGUUUGAUUAUUUCCAUGUUUCCCCUCAAUUUUAUUAUCUUUCUCUAUAUUUGCAUCAAACUGCAUUCAAUGAAAUAUCAAAGCACUCCUGUCGGUACAGCCCAGUCUCUCUGUUUAGCCAACUAAUGAACGCAUUCCACUAUUAUGGCGAAAGCAUGCUGUCUAAACGUAGUCUGACUGGCAUACUGGGGGUAGUUAAUUAUGUUAUGUGUCCAUGUUAUUUAUUUUGGAUAGAUAUACAGUACCAGUCAAAAGUUUAGACACCUACUCAUUCCAGGAUUUUUCUUAAUUUGUACUAUUUUUUUUACAAUGUAGACAUCAAAACUAUGAAAUAACACAUUAAAUAUAUUUUAGAUUCUUCAAAGUAGCCACCCUUUGCCUUGAUGAUAGCUUUGCACACUGUUGGCACUCUCAACCAGCUUCACCUGGAACGCAUUUCCAACUGUCUUGAAGGAGUUCCCACAUAUGCUGAGCAUUUGUUGGCUGCUUUUCCUUCACUCUGCGGUGCAACUCAUCCCAAACCAUCUCAAUUGGGUUGUCGGGUGAUUUGUGGAGGAAAAGUAAUCUGAUGCAGCACUCCAUCACUCUCCUUUGUAAAAUAGCACCUUACAUAGCCUGGAGGUGUGUUGGGUCAUUGUCCUGUUGAAAAACAAAUGAUAGUCCCACUAAGCGCAGACCAGGUGGAAGCCAUGCUGGUGAAGUGUCCCUUGAAUUCUAAAUAAAUCACUGACACUGUCACCAGCAAAGCACCAUCAUACCACCUCCAUGCUUCACGGUGGGAGCCACACAUGCUGAAAUCAUCCAUUCACCUGCUCUGCGUCUCACGAAGACACGGCGGCUAGAACCAACCAUUUCAAAUUUGGCCUCAUCAGACCAAAGGACAGAUUUCCACCGGUCUAAUGUCCAUUGCUCGUGUUUCUUGGCCCAAGCAAGUCUCUUCUUCUCAUUGGUGUGCUUUAAUAGUGGUUUCUUUGCAGCAAUUUCGACCAUGAAGGCCUGAUUCAUGCAGUCUCCUCUGAACAGUUGAUGUUGAAAUGUCUGUUACUUGAACUCUGUGCAGCAGGCUGGUAACUCAAAGUUCCCAAAAUCUUCUGCAUUGACUGACCUUAAAGUAAUGAUUGAUUGUUGUUUCUCUUUGCUUAAUUGAGCAGUUCUUGGUAUAAUAUGGACUUCAUCUUUUUCCAAAUAGGGCUAUCUUCUGUAUACCAUCCCUACG